AGUUGAUUUGGCUGAAACAUCAUUUGACGAGGAUUUGGCCUUAUGUUGAUGAGGCAGCCUCUCUCUGAGCUUCUAAGAGCAUCUGUGGAGCCUGUUUUCGAGCAAUAUAGACCUGCCAUUGUAUAUAGUUACUGCUAACGGAUCAUUGAUAGAAAAUGUUUAUUUUUACUUUGGAUAUUGGAAAUGGGUAUCAGCAGGAAUGAAUUUGAUGAUACAAAUCAUGAGGCAGAGAAGGAAGAGUAUAUUAAUCACAUUGAAGAAAUUGUUAAAUGGAUGGGUUAGGAACACUUCUAGCCUUAAGAACUCUAUGAUUUGGCAGUGGAGUUGAUCAUCAGGAUGAUCAAAAGAUGAAGAAUAUCCAAAACGCUGAAGAUUACUAUGACGAAGCUGAUGAAGAUUCUCGUGAGGGUGAAGGAGGGGAAAAGAAGAGAGAUUUUACUACAUUGGAGUUCAAGCCAUAUCAUGGAAACAGUCCUUUGUGUUGAUGGAAGGAUUUUGUUGGAGAUGUUUUAUCCUCUCUAUAAACAAGCUUAUGAUUUUCUUGUCAUCAUUGCUGAACCCGUUUGCAGGCCAGAUUCAAUGCUGAGUAUAAUCUAACCCCACACUCGUUGUGUUGAAAAGGCUUCUUAAUGAUGAUGAUAUGAACCAAGCUAGAUUUGCUUCUAAGCCAUGGUGGUGAUGGAUUUACGAUUGGCAAAACAAGCGGUGAAAUUGAACCAGGACCUGGGGAGCUGUUGAGUGAAACAGAACUAGGAGCAGCAGCAGAUGAGAAAGAAACUCAUAGACCCUUCCUAGGUGGAGGAAUACGACUUCAGGAACGACAAUGUGUGGAAAAAAAAUUUACAAUUCAGGCCAAUUAUUGCUUACAAGAUUAUAUGCACUGUGGGUUUGUGAUUGUUAAAAACUUGAUGGUGUCUAUCAGGUUAAUAUUGAUCUUGACAUGGAACUGAAUCAACCAAAGCCAUACGAGGAAAAAAGUUUGAGCUAAAUGUUUGGGAACGGACGAGCAAGAUCUGGGAUUAUAGUGUUGCCUUGUGGUGCUUGUAAAUCUCUAGUUGGUGUUUCCGCAGCAGCUCGUAUAAAAUGUUGUGGUUCUCCCUAACUGUUACUUUUGAUCUUCAGUGGGUUCUGCAAUCUCCCCCAGGAAAAGAGCUCAUAAAGGUUGAACUCUGAUUCUUUGAGAAAGUCUUUGACUCCGAGGUAUGUAUAUUUUCCUCUUUAAGUCCGGUUAUGAUGUAUCGACCCUUACAGAUGAUGCGGUCGGGGACAGAUUUCAGUUCGGGAGACUAGUCAAGUGUUUUUCUUCUCCGACGAGUUCACCGGAGCCAGCGGCGGAAGACGUUCUACUUCGGGUUAAAAACUACACAAAGACUCUUCCGCAAGUCUCUGGUGCUCAUGGAUACAAGAAAGGUUACAGUCUUCUGUUAUUGGAAUGGUUGCAUCAAAGAUGGUUAUGAUGGUCCAUUCUACGAAGGCUCAAGUCCCAGAGUAAUCAGAGUUGAUAGCAAAACUGGACUAUCCCAGUUUUUGGAAGAUCUGCAUCUGCUUACUGGUUUUGAAAAGGGGAAGUUUCAGAUUGAUCUAGUUGGUAGGUAUCCUUCCAUUGUUCAACAACAGAUGGUCAAGUAUGUGCGUCUGCCCAUUGUGGAUGAUUGUAGUUUGGAGAUAAUGCUUGAGGUUCCAAGCUACCAUCCUUCUAUUAACAAUGUAGAAUUGUAUUUAGAGGUCAAACCGGUUUCUGAUCAGGCGACUAAAAAGCGUUCUCGGCGAGAGAAUCCUAAUGUUGAUGGGAGUGACAGAGAUAACACAUUAAGAAUUCCACAGGAGCAUAAUAGCAACGGGUGGAUUGAAGAUGAUGAGAAUAUGGAUGAUGGAGACUGUGGAUUUGGUGGUGAUAAUGUGGCUGCACAGAAGGAUUCGAGGAUGAAAAAGCCAGGUCCAAUGAAAGGGCUCUGCAAUAGUGUCUCAAAGAAGGUUAUUUUCUCUAGUUCUUGGCUCGAUGAACGUGAGUUGCAUGUUGGGAUGAUUUUUAGAGAUAAAGUUGAACUGGAGAAAGCAGUGGAGUUGUACUCUAAUAGAAGACAACGUGAGUACAUCGCGUAUGAAGACAGUAUAUUCACGUGCAAGAAAAGGAAAGUCUGCGGGUGGGUUCUCAAGGCAGCUGAAACAAAGAGCCAUGGCUUUGAGAUAAUAGAAUAUACAGAUCCACAUACCUGUAUGCCAGUAGAUGUGGGCUCAGAUUUUCUUGCAGGUGAAAUUGAAGGUCUAAUAAAAGCUCAGCCAUCGCUCUCAAUUGCAGAGCUGAAUAAGUGGGUUAAAGAAGAAUUUGGCUACGAAGUUUUAGCUGAUAUAAUGCAGAAUGCUAAAAAGAAAGCGAUCACUGCGAUCUUGGGAGAUUUGGACAAGGGUUUUAGCUUACUGCCCAAGUUCAUGGCAGCUCUCUGCUCAUCCAAUAAGAUGCUUUUAGAUUGGCAAUAUGAUAGUUUCUCUGAUCCCAAAGAUGCUUCCUUUCGUUCUGUGUUUUUUGCGUUUCAGCAGUCAGUUAAAGGGUUUCCUCACUGCAGACCUCUCAUUUUAGUGGACACGGUGGACAUGAGUGGUGAAUACCCUGGGAAAUUGUUGGUUGCAGCAGGAUUAGAUGCCGAGAACAGCCUUUUCCCACUUGCGUUUGCGAUUACUACCCAGGAAACUUUGUCAGCUGAUACUUGGCGUUGGUUCUUUGCGUGUAUCAGAAAGAAAGUAACGCAAAGGGAAGGCCUUUGUCUAAUAACAAGUCUGAAUCCUGACAUUGUGGCAGUUGUUAAGGAACCUGAGUGUCAGUGGGUGCAACACCGGUUCUGUCUUAGGCAUCUGUGCUUCAAAUUUUAUGAUGUUUUCAAUAACAAUCUCAUGACAGAGUUUGUAUACAAGGCUGGAUCCACGAAGUACCUAUCUAGUUUUGAUGACUACCUGAAGAAAAUCGAAGAUAUGAAUCCAAAGGCUCGGAAAUGGUUAGACCAAAUACCUCUGCACCAAUGGGCUCUGGCUCACGAUAGUGACAGGCUGAGAUUCGGGAUCAUGACUACAAACUCAAUCUUUACAACUUAUAGUUUUGUAAACAAAGCCCGUGAUCUUCCAAUCACUGCUUGCAUCUGGCUAAUCUUUGAUCACCUGGCAGAGCUUUUCAAAUCGCGAAAUGGUCUUCUCGAGGAGUCACUAAAGAACAGAGGAGAGGUCUAUGCUAAACAUGUCAUGACAAAGCUUGAAGAGUACAAGUCAGCCUCUAGAACGCACGACAUAUUGCCUUUAGACCAGAUUGCAGAGAGGUUUCAGGUCACAAAAGUGCUGCAAACUGCAAACAAGAAAUUUUUUGUUCACUGCAGCAAUCGAGUUUGCACGUGUCAGACAUGGCAAGUUUACAAGUAUCCGUGUUCGCACGUGCUAGCUGUUUGCAGGAGGCUGGACUUUAACCAUUUGCAGUACGUAAGUGACUUCUACAAGACAGAGAGUUUUCUUGGAGUUUAUGCAGCUGAUUUUAAUCCACUUCCAGCAGUCUCCAACUGGCCGGAAGCCUCGGAUGUUCCAACAUUGUUUCCUCCUGGAAGUGGUCAGAUAUCAGUUGUCCUGCCAGGAGCAAUAGAGUCAACCCCCAAGAAGUCAGCUACGCCAAGUGAUGGGAACACAGGAGGGAGUGGAGGAAUUGAAACGAGACGAUCAGGGAGACCCAAGAAGCCGAACAGUAGAUAUGUCAAGUAAGGCCUUGAAUGGUAGAUAUUAUAUGAUAUGGCAUUGAGAAGAUGGUGUUAUGUUUGUUUGGUUACUGAUUUUAGGUAAAACUUAGAAGCGAUUUGGUGGAUGAACGGAGCAGUUAGAAACGAUUUUUUGUUGUUUGUAACAAGUAUGCUAAUCCGGUUAAUGUAGAUUUGUUGUUCAUGUACUUUUUGUAUUUUGUUCCUUUUGAGUAGUUGUGUGUGUUUUUGUAUGAAUUGAAGACAAAAUUUGAUUGUUAAAAAUCGUUGGUCUUUUUUAUGUCA